GAUGAUAUCCAGUACUUCCGUUUGCGAAUCGAUCGUAUAAAAGUACUGCCCGUCGGCUAGAAAUUAUUAUUCGACUCUUUGUCCUAUUAGCAAACAGAACAUCGAAAAUGAAAUUCAUCGUCCUUGCUUUGGCUUUGGUUGGCUGCGUGGUCGCAGAAUCUGGCUACAACUAUGCCAAUCCCGGCUCCUCAGCUGCCGCCUCGGUUGCGGCUCCAGUGAGAAGCUAUGUGCCCCCAGCAGCAGCUGCCCCAGCACCUCAGGUCCAUCAUGCCGUUGCCGCCUCGGCUCCAGCUCCAGUCUUCCAUGCCGCUGAGUCCGCACCUGCUCCACAGCGUUCAUACGUGCCACCCGCAGUCCACUCUGCUCCUGCUCCCCAGGUUCACCGUCAGGUUUCUGCUCCUGCUCCUCAGUACCAUGCUGCUCCAGCUCCUGUUCCUCAGUACCACGCUGCUGCUGCCUCUGCUCCAGUGCAGUCCUUCGCCGCCGCUGAGUCUGCUCCCGCUCCAGUCAGAUCUUAUGUGCCACCAGCAGCUCCAGUUCGUGCUGCCCCCGCUCCCCAGUACCAUGCUCCAGCUCCUCAGCCUCAGUACCACGCCGCUCCUGCUCCUGCUCCUGCUCCUCAGUACCACGCUGCUGCCUCUGCUAACGUGCAGUCCUUUGCCGCUCCCGCUCCAGUUGCCGCUCCUGCUCCCAGCUUCCAGGCUGCCGAAUCCUUCGACAGUGGUUUCGAGGCUGCCGCUUCUGCUCCCGUCUCCGUCAGCUCUGGUGCUGGCGCUGGUGCCGGUGGCUACAAGUACAGGACUGUGCGUCGUCGCGUCCACAAGAACCGUGCCUAAGCUUUGAAUUGAAUUCUAUUAAGAAAGCCAUGCAAUAAACAGAGUUAA